AUGCUAACCGAAACCGAUAGUAAAUUGUAUAAAGAUUUUAAUAUAACAAUUUCGGAACGAUGGCAAAAUGAAAUAGCAGAUACAAUUUUUGAAGUGGUAAAUCAAGAUGCUGAUAAAGCUGAGAGCAAAAAACGAGCUAAACAACGAGCUAAACUUGGUAGUGAUGAAAAAGAUUCGGAUGUAAUCAUACAUGGUUAUAUCAAAAAACUUGGUGGACCAUUUACAUCUGCAUGGCAAACUCGUUAUGGUAAACUUUAUCCAAGUCGUCUUGAACUUUACCCUGAAUCACUUACUGGUAAACCAGAGCUAGUAUUCAUGGAUCAAAUUGAGGAUGUCGCUAUUGAUUUACAUAAUGUCAAAGGAGAGCAUUCAAUAAUUGUAAAAUUAAAAGAAGGUUUUAAAGAGACAAAACUGAUUUUUACCAAUCAGGAUGAGAUAUCAUUAGGUGAAUGGCAUACUUCAUUAAGGACUGCUCAUCGAGUAUCGUCCGAAUUAUUACAACGAAUGGGUCGUAAAGCAAUUAAAAUAUAUGGCGUAAAUCAUGAUCCAAUGCUUGAUGAUAAUGAACGUUUAGCUUCCGUUACGAAAGCUCUUCUAAAUCGUACACCUUCUCUUGAUUCCGGAAUUUAA